CACGUACGUUUUCUUUAGAAAAUUGUCAUGGUGGAAAAUUCGAGAAGAGCGUACCGAUGCGCGAAGAACGAGAAUAAGCGAAGGAGAUAGAGUUAUCGAUUGAGUUUCUGCUACAAAAAUAUAUAUAUAUGUAACGCAUAUUGUAAAUGUCCUAAGUUAAGUGAUAAAGAGAUAUUUGUGUACGUUUAAAUUUGAAUCGCGACGAGUACAACGAAGACGUACUGUCAAGCGAAAACAGAAAAGCAAAGUAGCUGCGCAAUAGACGGUGGUGUACAUAGUUUAUCAAAAUCCGAAUCAGAAUCAGUUGAAGUGUGAUUUUUUUGAGCCUUGUCGUAAGUGAAGAGAAAGCUUUAAGCGGAAUUACAUCUAUAUAAAUAAUACGAAGCCAGCCCGUCGCCAUUUUGAAAGUGAUUUUACAAUACACCCACACGUAUAUACACACAACUGUGAGCACACACAUACACCCAUCUACAGCCCGAAAAAACCAACCAAUAUCCGAAAAGUUUUAAAGUGAAUCAACAAAUCAAGGCAACUUUUAACCCAAACUCAACCCAUUUUGUACAUAACGCUUGUGGAAAAUCGGAAUCUAUAACGAAGUGCUGAGAAAACUGCGACACACACGCACAUUCGUCAGUGUGAGAAGGUCUACGGCAAAAAGAUCAGCACGGCUUGGAAUGCAAAAGCAGCAGUUGAAUCAGCGGAGAACCGAGAAGAGUUUGCGAAAUUAUAGCUAAGGAUAGCUUAACCAGAGUAAAAGAGAUAAAUCAACAGACUGAUAAACAAUACAUAACGUUACAAGUAAAACUAAAUAAAGUAAAGUAAACAGCAGCUGUACAUAAAAACGAGACCCAGGAGAAGUGGAAAGCAGCUACGUGCUCAGCCGCCCGUCGCCCUUUUCGUUUAAUUUUGGAAUAUUGAGGAGGGCAUCUUCGGCGAUUCGAUUAUCAGUAACCAAAGAAAACAGAGCGGCCGCAGCUAAACCAACAUCGCAGUAGCAGCAGAUGGGAGUUUGGUUUCGAUUUAUAAAGAAUUGAUUUAAGUGCGUGUGAUAUUUAACGUUAAGCAUUAAUUUAGCGAAAUAACCAAAAACAAAAAAAGGCAAAACAGCAGAAAUUUUAAUAGAAGAAGAGAAGAGAUCCAGCGAUCGGAAAGCGACGAAAUUACUAUGACAUACUCGCACAAUAGCGUUAGGAACAACAUCAGAAUGACAACCGCAUCGGCCACCAAGUCCAUACGAUUAAAAAAGGGAGCAUCAUCAGCGACCUCCGCAUCCAACUCAUCUUCCCCCUCGCCCACAUCCGCACCCGUGUCCCCCACAUCCGUGUCCGCAUCCGCACCAGCAACGCCCUUGGUAACUGCACAUUCCAACAGUAUUGCCAGCAGUACAAAUAACGCCCAAUUCCUGAGCACCUCGCCCACGAGUCUGGGCCUGGGUCUAUCCUCCUUGGCCACGCCCCCCAACCAGAGGCAGCGGCCACUCCAGUCCCAGUCGACCGGAUCCAAGGGCAAGCAGCAGCGCCAGUCGCCGCAGCAGCAGGGAACCUCCUCCGGAGGAGGCGGAGGCUUCUUCUUUGCCAACAACCGGCGAAACGGCGGAGGACGUUCGCCCCAGGGAGCGAUGCAGGUGCGCCAGUCACCGGCCACCAUUUUGGGUGGAGGCUUCUCGCCGGGAAUCGGCGGAGGAUCGGCUCGCAAGCAAAGGAAGAGCCCGCCGCUGGGCGGUAAGAUCUCGCCCCAGCAGAUGCAAAUGCAAAUGCAGCAGCAGCAGCACCCACUCAUACCCACCGCACUGACGCAUUUUGCGGGCAGCAAGUGCUUUGACGCACCAGCUCCUACAGCGCUGCCCAAGCCACCCCAGCACUGGACCCUGUCCAGGUCGGAGGGCAAACUGCCCCUGACGAUGCCGUCGAUGCCCAAGUUCCAGGUGCCGAUGCAGACGGGCCGCUCGAAGCGGAACCUUCUGGACGACUUCGACACGCACAACCUGAAGCUGCUGCUCAAUGUGCAGUCGUAACACCCUUGGUGCUUGAGGAUCAAUUUCUGUGGCAGCAGCGAAGCAGAAACAGAAACAGGAUCUGGAGCAGAGUCCGGAUCUGAAGAUGGAUCUGGAGGACCGACUUGAAUGGCCUGAACACCCGGUGGACCCCGAACCCGUCAAUGAGUUGCAAAAAAUCGAAAUGAACAUAAAAGAAAAAAAAAAAAAUUAACAAAAGAUAAAAACAAAAAAUGCAAAACGAAAAAACCUUUACAAAAAAAAGCGAAAACAAUUCAACUGAAAAAUUGAACUUUUUUAAACAAAAAAAUACAAGAGUAAUGUUUGUGAUCUCAAGUGUGUAUCAUGAAACAAUAAAACCAAUUUGAGAAGCUAUAACAGAAAAGCGAAAAACUGUUUCAAGGAAAGCUGAAAGUAAACAAAAUACAAAUAAACACAAACAACUGUCCUCACACAACCGACCCAUAAAACAACAUCAGCAACGACAACGAGAACAAAUAAACACAGCAAAAAAGAUGCAAAAUUCCCCGCUAUUAAGAACCCCCCGUCAAUCUCCACCACUGUCAACUUCAAUGCGCAAACUAAAUAGAGAAAGCCAAUCGACAAACUGCAACCAGUACAACAACCCAUGGAAGCCUGGCUUAAAUAUACGAAAACCAGAUGGAAAGAAGAGGACAAAGGAGAAAAAGUCGAGAAGAGGAAGGAGAACUUUAUAUGUCUAACAACGGAUACUUCACAACUGAACAUUGUUUUAAACGUGAUACGCAAAUAGACUUGAAAAUUAAUUAAUAAGUAAAAUUAUAAAUAUAAUAAUAUUUAUGAGUAACUCAAAAAUGGACGCUAGAAGCGCAGCAUAACGUACAGUUUAUGUUUAUCCCCCGAAAAGCGGACAAAAUGUGCAACGUACCUUAAAUGUUGAUAAAAUGAGUAAAUACAGAGGGCAAACGCUAACAGAGUAUAUUCAAGAGACACGAUAAUACCUAAUAACUUAUAAUAAUAAUGAAACUACUAUAAAUCGUAUACCCACCAAAUCACAAAGACUAAUUCAACAAAAACUCAACGACAAAAACUCAACGCAGCCGCCGCAGCAGAGCAGCAGCAGAGCCGCAGCGCAAAAUGCAUUCAACUUGCCUGAAAAGAACAUCUAUAACUAUCCUCUACCUUAAGAUAAAAGAAUCCACUAUUGUAUUGUAAUUUGACCUACCUAGAUACUUCCAUUACUUUUAGUUUAACGUCGCGCGAGAGAAGCAAUUGCCCAAAAAUAUUGAGCUACAUAUGCGAACAUGUGUAAUUAUUCUUAAUCUGUAAUUGCGAAAUGGCUUUAAAAAAUUCUAAUUUAAACAUUCUUGAAUUGUACAUAGAAGGGAACAACGCUAAAAUGUUCAAAUAAAAUUUUCUAAAAACGAUAAAUCGAUUAACAUUAAGAAUAAGACCGAUCAGCACUUGUAAAAUGUGGUAGCGCGCUAUCGGCGCAAGCAAGAUUUUAUUUAUUCCAAAAUAUGUUUGAUCUUGCGCCAAGCGGAAACAAUUGUGAAAACAACUAAAAACUACUGAGUUGCAAUCCCCAAGCAAAGGCUUUACGUGAGGAAGAGAUAGAGAUAUCGCGAGAUGAGAAUGAUGAAAUGAAACUACUUUAUGUAACUAUUCGUUGAUGCUCAAUACUGAAACACUUGAACCCAGUACCUUAUUUUCAUUAUUAGCAUUACUUAUUAAUUGUUAAUAUUGAUAUGUAUGUAAAUUAUUUAAGCAACCAAUCCCUUUCCCGAACCCCCGAUCCCAAAACCAAUCCAAAGUUAUUUGUAUUUUGCGUAGAAAGAGGCAGCGUGAGUUUUGUUAUGUGUUUUUGCCAAGUGAAUUGGCCCCGAAGUGAUAAGCCAAAAACAAAAAGAACCCCAAAACAUAUUUGAUAGUGAAAAACCGCAGAAAUAAGAACACACUUGAGUUUUGUUUACGCAUAUUGUUUAACUUCCUGAAACAGCUAAAUUAUGAGGAAAGAAAGAGAGAGAGAGAAACAGAGAAAAGAUAAAACUAUAACAAAACACUCGAUGAUAGUUUUAAACAUGUUGAAAAGCCAAAAAAGUCAAGCACUGUUUAGGUUUACUGAGCAAGUUGUCAUAUUGGUAGCUUUAAAGCUUGUAUCUUCAAGUUACACUUCAAGUACACCCCAUACAUAUACCCACUACUUAGAGUAUUGAUCUGAGCGAAGGUCACUCGAGCAGUGCUCGGGAACUCACCAGCUCACCCCCAUUUCCCCCAUCAAUCACACACCCCACAGAAGAAAUCUAAACUUGUCGCGCAGAAUUUUGCAUUUUUUUUAAGUGUAAGCUUAACGUUUGUUACUUACUGGACGUCGAUUUGGGCUGAGAACAGCUUAGAUUUCAUUGAAGCAGGAGAGAUAAAAAUGUCUAUUUGUAAAAGUUAAAAAAACAAAACCACUAAAAACAGACCAAAACAGGGCCGAAUCCCCGCCGCUCUGCCUUGGACUGUGGGCACAAACGUUCCGACCCGUUGACUUUUUCAACACCAAUCAGUACAAAUUAAUUUCCAUUUCAAAGUUCGGAGCCCAAAACAAAAUCGCGGAGCUCCACAUGCGAGUCCAAGGCGUUUGUGCCCCCAUCUAAGGCAACUGCAGAUUGGCCCCUGAAAGAAAAUUCAAAUUCAUUUUUUUUAUUUACAUUUAAAGCGUAACGACGACGAUUCGACCAAGUUCGAAUAUUACUUUUAACCUUUUUAUUUAAGCCGAAAAAUGAUUCGUCGUUCUAAAACAAUGAAAAGAAAGCAACCAGCACUAUGUAUUUUUUUAAUUUCUCCAUUGAUCUAAUUUACAAUUUAAUUUGCAAUUUUUUGUGAUACUUUGCUAUAUUUUAAAAACCUGGUAUAUAUACAAAUUAAAAACAAAUACAACUGAAGAGAAAAUGUUUAAUUAAUUACCCACACCAAUACCUUAAAUGGACCAUUAAGAUGAAUGCGAAUAUGAAGAGAGAAGUCGCCAUUCAAUACUGUAAUUAUAAAAAUGAUUGUGAAAAAAUAUGAGAAAAAUUGUAAAGCAAUAUUGGAAUUGUGUUUAUAAACCCAAGUCAACUUUUAACUUUUGAGAAAAAGCGAAUGAAAACCCCACAAAGCCAACCACCAACCAACCACAAAACAAUAGAAAAACAAAUAAACAAUUGUACACGGCUUUCGUAAAGUAAUUUAUUAAAGCUUUGUAUAAUUAACAAAAAAAAAA